CGUAGUGCCGGCUAGAGAGCGCUCUGCGCGCGGGCGCAGACCAACCGUCCCUUCCGGGUUCCGGCGUCGCGUUUCGCAAAAGGAGAAAAUCCUGUGGGUUUCCAGAGUGACGAUGGCUACCUACAGCCUGGCAAACGAGCGACUACGAGCUUUGGAAGACAUCGAACGGGAAAUUGGCGCCAUCCUUCAGAAUGCAGGUACUGUAAUCCUGGAACUUUCCAAGGAAAAAACCAAUGAGCGGCUGCUGGACCGGCAAGCGGCGGCUUUCACGGCGUCGGUGCAACACGUGGAGGCGGAGCUGUCGGCUCAGAUCCGCUACCUAACCCAGGUGGCCACAGGGCAGCCCCAUGAGGGCUCCAGCUAUUCUUCAAGGAAGGACUGUCAAAUGGCACUAAAGCGAGUGGACUAUGCUCGCCUCAAGAUCAGUGAUGUGGCCCGCACCUGUGAGCAGAUGCUGGAAAACUAAGCCAGCACAUAGAGGAGGACUCCAGUCAGGAUGAAGACAAUGACCAAGAGGGACAGCACUGGCACCACGACAGAUGUAGGACC